UUAUUUUGUAUUCUAUGCUACAGCUUGAAAAAACCUGGUUUUUUCAUUCGCUAAAGGUCACGUUACCCUGGGAAUCCGCUCAGCAUCCAAAUUCAAAGCCAGUUUUACCAGUUCCUCUAUCGAUGGCUUACCUCAUAGGGGGGCUGGUCACGAGUCUACCAACACCCCGCCAUGGUCACCAGCAGACUCUUGCGUACUCUUUCUGCCUUCAACCACUCCGCCCGAACGUGGGCACCCAUACCCUCGAGAAACGCACAGAGCCAAGUGGUGCAGAGGCAUUCUCUCACAUCACGGAACAUCGACACCUCCCGGACGCAGAGGCUUUCUCUCGUAUCAUGGAACAUCGACGCCUUCUCCUCGCGGCCCGUCUCACGCGCCAGACUCAUCCUCAGCCAUAUCCUCGAGGGUCCGAAAUAUCCGGACAUUAUCUUCCUCCAAGAAGUUACGCCUGACGUCCGGGCCUCUCUCCUGGACGAUGCCAGAGUGCGUGCCGCCCUUCUGGUGACCGACGCCGAGGACCAAACGUCGUUUGAGGGCGUGCCCUUUGCGACCAUGACGCUGCUGUCCAGCGUGCGCUUUGCUUCCGACCUGGAUUCGCAGAAGGAAGGCGACGGGAUCGAGGGGUGGGGGAAGUUCAUGCUCGGGUGCGUCUCCCGCGUGACCCUCCCGAGCAAGUACGGGAGGGAUGGGCUUUACGUGGACAUCAUCCCCCCAACUGCGCCGGGCACGGUUUUCCGUCUCGUCAACGUGCACCUCGACUCGCUCGGGGAUACGCUACCUUACCGCGCCCAGCAGAUAAAGAUGCUGGCCGACGUCCUGCGCGAGCCCGGGUGCGGUGGCGGCAUCAUUGCCGGCGACUUCAACGCUAUCAGCCCCAAGGACGAAGGGCUGGUCGACGAGAACGACCUGGUGGAUGCGUGGGUCGCGUUACACGGGAGGGCAGGCCCUGGUGGAGCUACGUGGGGUGUCGGCGUGGAACGGCAGGACGGACUGGGACCGGCCAGGUUGGACAAGGUUGCCAUGAUGGGCUUGAAUGCUGAGGAGAUGGAAGUCCUCCGCCCUGGUCGUAUCGAGAUGCCCAGGCCGGGCGAGGAAUCUGUCGAGAUCCCUUGGAGCGACCAUUACGGGCUGAGAUGUACUUUUACCAUCUGAAUGCUGUCAAGCAGCUUUGCGCUGGCUUCCUCGACGCCUCGGUCGAGAUGUUUCACGCAUAUUAGUUUACGAUGUGAGACUGACG